GAGACUCGCUAGGUUUGCCAAACUGAAAAGCCUUAGGGCACUUUUAGGAAGAAGAAGAGAUCUAUAGAAACAUAAAUUGUUUUAUAUAGAUCUCUCUCAAAGUUAGUUAAAAAUGGCGAAUUCCUCUAGAAGGCCGAGUGCUCCGGUGUUACUUAGAUCGGCGUUUGAACGGUCACUUUCACCGACCGGCCGGUUCAGCAACACUGGUUCAACCAAUGCAACUGAUGCGAUGCCGUUCGCUUCGUAUAGCAAUUCUAGCUUGACCGGUUGUUUCAACCGAUCGGCGUCUCCGACGCGCGUGAAGAUUCACGCGCUUGCGCCGGUGAAUUCUACGCCGAGUGUUAGGUUUGCGAUUGAUAGAUCUAUAUCUCCGAGGAGGUCUAUGGCGGUGAAUCAACGUGAUCAGGUGGUUAGAAAGCAGAUCAAUCUGAAGAGGACGUGUUUGUGUUCUCCUACGACGCAUCCUGGUUCGUUCAGGUGUAGUAUGCAUAAGAAUAUGAAGAAUAAUCCUUCUCCUUCGAUUUCGUAUUCUCCUAGCCGACUGAAUGCUCGGAGAUCGGCGAUGACGAAUUCGCUGGUGCGGAUUUGUUCUGUUGAAGGUGAUUUAGUGAAACGAGCUUUGGCUGCUCUAAUUAGGCCAUCUUCGCAUUCUCAGAGACGUCGAUGUGACUUUCAACCGCGUCCUAGCCGGCUUUCCAGAAUGUCCAAAGCCGAUGACCUGUGAAAAUACUUUUCCGUUUUACGUUUUUACAGCCUUUGUGUUUUCCGUCGUGUUCACCGUUCCAUUAUGCAAUGGCGUUUUCCGUUCGUCCGCCGUAUAUGCGUUCGUCAUGUUUUGGCAUCUUUACGUCAUCGUUCGAGGUUGGCGUAAUGUAAUACAAAUUCUCGGAGUAAUGGAGAGUGGAUGCGUUGAAAAAAAAGAGUGGAUGCCGUCAGAUGGCAAUGAAGGUUGAUAGCUAGUUUUAGUGAAUUCUGGCCAUGGAUGAAGAAGUGAACUCACUCCACAUAAAUUAAACUUAGGACUUGUCGAACUACCAGAAGGGAAGAAGGCAAUUCUGAAUAAAUGAUUGUACAGGGUUAAACAGGAGCAUGGUAGUUCAGCGAGAUACAAGGCAACAUUUGUGGCAAAAGGUUUCCAACAGAAGGCAGGUAUCAUUUGAGAUUUUCUUCCCUAUUUGAGUUGUAUUAAGUAUUGUUGCGACAUAGGAUGUACAUUUUGAGCAUCUAGAUAUAAGGACAAUCUUUUCCCAUGGAAUUUAGAUGAAGACUUUUUAUAUAUAGCAACCUGAACGUAGAUUGAUGUAAUAAGAAAAACCAGGUGCGCAGACUGAAAAAGAGUCUUUAUGAUUUGAGACACGAUCGAGACAGUGGUACUUGGAAGUUUGACAGGUUUAUGAUGACUAUUCGCUUUACUCGUAAUGGUAAUCCUCGUUGUUACUUCUAGAAAUUUAUAAAUAUAAAUUCGUACAUUAUUUUACUCUUAUAUGUGAAUGGCAUGUUAGUGACAAGUUCUAACAUGUGUGUGAUAUCACAAAGUUGAAGGGGCGAAUGUCUAGUGAAUAUUCAAUGAAGAAUUUUGGUCCUUCGAAAAAAGAUUUUGGGGUUUAAAACUGAAAGAUACAGAAGAAAUAAGUUGUUUGGGUUGUAUCAGGAGUACAUUGACAAAAUCUUGAAGAGGUUUACUAUAUAGGAUGUCAAGCUGGUGAGGACUCUUUUGGCAGGUCACUUGACGAAUAUCUCAAAACAACUUAGCCUAAUAUCUGAUGAAUAGAAAAGUCGAUUGGAGAAGCUAUCGUAGGCAUCAGUUUUGGGCGGUCUCAUGUAUGCUAUAAUGCGUAAAACACCAUAUUUUUGGCUUACCAUUUCAAUAAUUACGAGAAUGAAAUGGUGAAGAAGAUGAGUUUGGAGAGUCGUUAGUUAAGUUGAUAAAGUUGAAUGCUACAAAAAGUUUGUUGACUUAGUGAGGAGUGACGAGUGAGGGCGAACUAAUAUUUUUAAAUCGAACUCCAAGUGAAAAUUUCUUUAGAUAAAAGAAUUGUGGAUAAAGUUACGUUCUUUUAGCUUGUAGUGAUGUAAAUUCAACUCCGGUUAUUAUGUAAUUUGAAUUAUUGUUUGUUGUAGUCAAGCAUAGAGUUAACUUUGCUAGAAAGAAAGAAUUUUGAGGUGAGUUAAGACUUGUUCUUAUUGAAGUUUUUUUUUUCUCACGAAGUCACGCCCUUAAGAUGUUUGAUCUAACGUUUCUAAAAUAUUAAUGUUUGAGUUUAAUUAAAAGGAGUGAGCUCACAUUAGUCUUGAGACGGGGGUCUAUCGAAAACAGCCUUUCUACUUCUCCGGAGGUAGUGAUAUGGACUGCGUACAUUUUACCCUUCUCAGACCCAAUUAUGCGAAAAUACACUGAGUUUGUUAUUGUUGUUGAGCUCACAUACCGAUCAUUGACUCAUGCUCUUUGUCUUCCCUUUUGUGCUUAUCCGUCUAAUAGAUGUGCAGGUUGUGUCCAUUUAUUUGUGUACGAAUGUUUUGUGGCAACUUUUUCUAGCCCCAGUACAAUAACGAAUUCUCUAGAAACAUGACGAA